AUGAAAAUAUUUACAAAUGGUAUAAGUUCGCUUCAUAGAGAUUCGUAUAAAUCUGCAAAUCUUUCCAUCUUGGUCACCGGUGCGGCAGGUGGACUGGGCAAAUGUAUCGCUAUAGAAUUGGCCGCCAGGGGAUGUCAUGUCGCUAUAUGUGAUAUUAAUUUCGAUUUGGCUGUGACGACAGCUAAAGAAAUCGCCAAUAAGUAUGGCGUCAAAGCAAAAGCUUAUAAGGUGGACAUCACCAAAUUCGAUGAAAUUGUAGAACUCAAUGAGCAACUAACCAACGACAUUGGCGUCGCCACUAUACUCGUGAAUAAUGCAGGGUUGCUGUUGCACUGCCUAUCAGCUGAAUCCCGACAGUGCAGGGAAUUGAGCAUGGUUGAAG